AUGGAUAGGUUCAAAGCUCCAGCUGUAAUCUCCCAGAGGAAGAGACAGAAAGGGUUGCAUUCCCCAAAACUUUCCUGCAGUUAUGAAAUAAAGUUCAGUAACUUUGUCAUUUUUAUUAUGCAGAGGAAGAUGGGGGUGACCAGAAGGAUGUUUUUGAUGGAACUGGGAAGAAGAAAAGGUUUCAGAGUAGAAAGUGAGCUAAGUGAUUCUGUCACUCAUAUUGUGGCUGAGAACAACUCUUACCUGGAGGUGCUGGACUGGCUGAAGGCACAGGCUGUGGGUGACAGCUCUAGGUUUGAGCUACUGGACAUCUCCUGGUUCACAGCCUGCAUGGAGGCAGGAAGACCAGUUGAUUCAGAAGUGAAGUAUCGUCUCAUGGAGCAAUCCCAAUCUCCUCCUCUGAAUACACCUGUAUUGGAAAUGCCAGCAUUUAUUGCAACAAAAGUAUCUCAGUAUUCAUGCCAGAGGAAGACAACUUUAAAUAACUCCAACAAGAAAUUCACGGAUGCCUUUGAGGUAAUGGCUGAGAAUUAUGAAUUCAAAGAAAAUGAAAUAUUCUGCCUGGAAUUUUUAAGGGCAGCUUCUUUGCUGAAAUCUCUCCCAUUUUCAGUAACCAGAAUGAAAGAUAUACAAGGGUUGCCCUGCAUGGGAGACCAAGUCAGAGAUAUCAUUGAGGAGAUUAUUGAAGAAGGAGAGAGUUCUAGAGUUAAAGAAGUGUUAAAUGAUGAGAGAUACAAAGCAUUUAAGCAAUUUACUUCAGUCUUUGGAGUGGGAGUGAAGACAUCGGAGAAAUGGUACAGAAUGGGUCUGCGAACUGUGGGAGAGGUAAAAGCUGACAAGACCCUGAAGCUGUCAAAAAUGCAGAAAGCAGGGCUUCUCUACUAUGAGGACCUUGUUAGCUGUGUGUCCAAGGCAGAAGCAGAUGCAGUGAGCUUGAUUGUCAAGAAUACUGUGUGUACAUUUCUACCAGAUGCUUUAGUUACCAUAACUGGUGGUUUCAGGAGGGGUAAAAAUAUUGGACAUGACAUAGAUUUUUUGAUCACCAAUCCAGGACCAAGAGAAGAUGAUGAGCUUCUGCAUAAAGUUAUUGACUUAUGGAAAAAGCAGGGCUUACUUCUUUACUGUGAUAUCAUUGAGUCAACAUUUGUAAAGGAACAGCUGCCAAGCAGAAAAGUUGAUGCCAUGGAUCAUUUUCAGAAAUGUUUUGCAAUUUUAAAAUUAUAUCAGCCAAGAGUAGACAACAGCACUUGCAACACGUCAGAGCAAUUGGAAAUGGCAGAAGUCAAAGACUGGAAGGCAAUCCGUGUGGAUCUGGUCAUAACCCCCUUUGAGCAAUAUUCAUAUGCUCUGUUAGGCUGGACAGGCUCCAGGCAAUUUGGACGUGACUUGCGGAGGUAUGCUGCACAUGAAAGGAAGAUGAUAUUGGAUAACCAUGGAUUAUAUGACAGGAGAAAGAGGAUCUUUCUCAAAGCUGGAAGUGAGGAAGAAAUCUUUGCACAUCUUGGCUUGGAUUAUGUCGAACCAUGGGAAAGGAAUGCUUAA